AUGCAAGCUCCUAGACCAGGCAAGCUCCUGGACCAAGCAAGCAAGCUCUUGGACCGGGCAGGCUUCUGGACCAAGCAAGCUUUUGGACCAGGCAAGCUCCUGGACCAGGCACGCUCGUGGACCAUGCACGCUCUUGGACCAGGCAAGCUCUUGGACCAGGCAGGCUCGCAAGACGUGGACAUGGACGUGGACGUGAACGUGGACGUGGACGUGGACAUGGACGUGGACGUACACGUGCACGUGGAAGUGGACAUGGUCGUGGACGUGGACGUGAACGUGGACGUGGACGUGGACAUGGUCGUGGACGUGGACCUGGACAGGAGCGUGCCCGGUCCACGACCGAACUUGCCUGGUCCAGGAACGUGCCUGGUCCAGGAGCUUGCCUGGUCCAUGAACGUGCCUGGUCCAGGAGCUUGCCUGGUCUAG